CAGCUCAGUGUACUGCAGUAGUAUUUCCAUUGCACAGUUGUCAGGGAAAAUGCACUGCAGGCCUGUGGAUAGCAGGAGGUGUGGCUGUAACAUUAGAGCGGGGGAGAGAUUAAAAGCCACGACCAGCACGUGGUCAAAGGGUGGAGAAAUGGCUUUGUAUGGGGUUGUCAACAGAAACGUCAGCUGAAGGGAAACCGGCUCGUGACACUGGAGAAGCUUCUGUGUGCAGAAGUGAACUAGAUAGAAAUCGUCCUAAGAAUCGCCAGUGCUAUCUAAGGUGGCUGAACUUGCAAAAUACAGAAUAAGAUCUUAGGAAAGAAUGUGAAAUAAGUAGAUUUGAUCUUUGUAACAAAUACUAAAAAAUAAUCACAGGAUAUUCUAUGACUCACCUUUGACCUCAAUCCAACACAACCAGGUUUAAUAUUUCUGGGUUUGAGCUCUUUUUGGUGCACUAUGAUUCAAAUAUAGAGAGAAAUGACCCUAAAGAGCCACCAUAUAUCUAUAUAGUUUAAAUAAAAAGGACGUCCUGCAGUGCUUUUGUGGUGCAAGCAGGAAAACUGGUUCUACUUGCUCCAGUUCUGUGGCUGCUUCCCUGCAGGAUGGUGUCAGCCCCUCUCUAUAACAGGACAUGGAGAGCUUGACAUCACAGGCCAGCACUCCUUAUAAGCACCUGAGCAUCCACGUCAUGGCUCACCCAAUAUGAAAAGCGUGUGAUUGUUUUCCACAUGAGACCCAGUGCAGAUAAAGUAGGGUGGGACUAUAUAGCCGCAAUGAAGACUCUUUUCUCACUUUAACCGAAAGCAAGGCAGACAGUGAUUGUUGUCCGUCUUCCGGGAUAUUAUGAAGCCUUUUCUUCAGGCGACAUCGUCUCCACAGGACGUCACCCAUGCAGCAUCACUGCUAGCAUAUCUGAACCAUCAGAGAGAUCAAGGCAUAUUCUGUGACUGUGUGCUCAGGCAGGGGCAGAACUCAGAUCAGCUUUACCAUGCACACAGGUGUAUCCUGGCAGCCUCCAGCCCAGUGUUGGCAUCCAUCCUGUCCUCAUCUGGUGCCCUGGUGGAACUACAUGAUCCAAGUCUCUCGGACUCUGUGCUACCUUCCCUUUUGGACUACAUUUACACUGGGGUUCUUCCACACCCUCUCAGCAAACAGGAAUAUUACAGACUGCUCUCUGCUGCCUGCCAAAUGCAGAUGAAAGAACUGCAGGAUGCUCUGAGAGCUAACUGGCUGCAGAUCCAAGGGAAUGCUCAGGAUGGUAAAAAUCCUUCUGUUAUAGUUGAAAUGUACUCAUUUAAAGAGACAGAAGAUUCUGAUAAAAUUGAUUUUGAGACCUUCAAACACCUUCCAUCAUCAACCACAACAUAUCAUUUUCAAAGCCAUGAAACAACCAGACAGCCAUUACCUAAUGAGAUGUUUCAAGAACCCUGGAUCACUUCAGGAAGCACCGAUGCCAGUCCUGAAAAUGAUGAAAGAAAAAUAAAAAAUCAAUAUGUAAAUGGUCACACAAGAACUGAUUUAGCUUCUUUAAAUGAUUUAAAUACUUUCAGUAUUCUUGGAAGUAUUGACAAAGACAAUGCAGGUGACCGCAGACAGGUAACAUCGCUGACCCAACGGGAAACAUUGAGGUCCAAAGAUGACAAAGCUCAGAUGCAUAACUUACCUGGAGUAGACGUGCAUCAUUCACCAAACUUUGUAAAAACAGACAUGAGACAGAGAACCCCAGAGGAAGACCUACUCGGAAAAUCUAAGGAAAGAAAGAGUUGCUCUUCAUCUCCGUCAUCAUCGCCACCCCCAUGCUCUGAGGCGGUGCCUGUCAUUUGUCACAGUAGCAGAGCGGCUGUCCUGCAGCAGUCAGAAGUCUCUGUGUGGCCUCACAAUCAAGCAUCUGAGUCUUUUGUCCAGCCUCCCUCCAAAAUCGCCCACUUCUCACUCUCAUUAGGCAUAGGCAAUGACAACACUGUUGAAGCAAUUACCACUGAGUGCAAAGAUCAAAAUGGAGUACAAAGUCAGGACCCCAGAAGCACUAUAAGGCACACUAGCUGUGCUACUGACCACAAGGUGGACCAGGAUUACAACAGCAACAAUGUACAUCUAUUUAAAUUCAAUGACACCUGCAAGAAUGCAUCAAAUAAUAUGAACAAUAACAAUCAGACUGCCCAUCUGGAUUCUCUGCAAAGUCACACAGAAUACUAUGGAGAGUAUGUGGUCCAGAAUAAUGUCUCAAGAAGAGGUUUAAAGCACCAAAUUGAACGGGAUUAUGAUCCUGUUCCCUCCAAAAAUCAACACUUUGAUUGUUUUCAAUGUCAGAGAACAUUGUUGACAACUUCAACACAAGAUCAAUCGAAACACCAGGGAGCUGCAGUUUCACUUCUCAUGGAGGUUGAAGAUACAGGAAGUGCUUCUCAGUGCGAAGAAUGUCUUGAGGUGGAAGUGAAAAGGGGACACCGUUACUCCAGUGUGUGUCUUGAUGUAACAGAUAUAAAGAAAAAUCACUGUAAGACAUCUGGACCUAUAACAGACUGGUACACAAACAUCCACAAAGAUGACAAAAGCAGAAAGGAUAUGUCUAACAAAAUUAGUAGCACACAAACCAAAUUCAGAUUUAUAACAUCACUAUCUGGAUUGACUAAUGUCACUGACAGUUUCUCUGUUUCUAAAUGUGGCAAAGUGCUGGAAAGUAGAGAAAACUCAUCCCCUGAAAACACGGAGCCAUGUUGCUUUUUAUCAGCACCCCUGGACCACAACUUGCCUGGCACUACAAGAUGCUCUGGUCAGCCAAAUCAUUGGCAUCUUCCUCAUCAGGGUGAACCAUGUGACGAUGCAUCACUUCAAGAUUCAAAUCACAAACCCUUGAAGCCUGGCUUGUCUCCUGACUCAGAUGAGUUAGGUGAAGAGGUUAAUACUCCUUUUUCAGGUGAAAGAUCACUGAGUCAACACUUUUUUAUAGAGUUAGAAGACCAGCCGGAUAUAAACACCAAACAUGAUGAGCUACCCGUGUCCUGUCAACAGUUUGUUGUAAUGGAUACAGCUGCAAUCCUGAGUCACGAUGAUACACAAGCAAAUCAGGACUCCUCUGUAGCCAGAGCUGAGAGGUUAGAUGAGGCUGUUGGACAGAGAGACAUCAAAGAAGGAAACCCAUUUGAUAUAAAACCAUCCCAAACAGGAGAUUGCAUCACACAAAACAUUAGUGUGAUGGAGGUUUCCACACCUAAAGAGCAUGAAACUAAGAGUGGCUCCACUAUAGUUUGCUCACCUCUUUGUGAACCAGACUGUGAUCGAGCCUCAAAGCCAUCAACUGUAUCUGUCUGCAUACCUUCCACCUUUCCAGCCAGCAUGCCAACAGAUAGGUCAGCUCAUCUGUCAUCUCCCAAUCACCAGCCUUUCCAGUGCUCUUUGUGUGAUCGCUCCUUCAGCCAGAGAGGUUCUCUGAACAGACAUGUGCGGAGCCACCUUGGCGUACGGCCCUUCCCCUGCCCCUGCUGCCCAAUGACCUUCUCACGCCAAUAUCGUGUCACAGAGCACAUGCGUGUUCAUCAGCGAUCUGCCCUUGGAAAUGGCUUACAAAAGUCCUCUGUUAUAAAGGAUUAAAGGUCACAAAACUAGAAUUGAUUAACAUUUUUACAGUAAAUUAGAAUGGUAAGAAGGAAAAUUGAUAACUUAUUUGUGGAUGAUGGACUCCUGUCAGAUUGUGAAGGUUUUGACUUUUCUCAGUUUGUGGCAUUCUUUGGAAUCCAGUGUAAAAAUGUAGCAGCAAAGGAAUUUUUAGCCACUUUUUAUUGUGAUCUUCCCCAGCAGCUGAUGAAGAAUAAAUCUGUCCUGUUGCAUUUUUAAUUUAUAUUUCUACUAUUAUAAUUACUUUUGGCAGCUAUUUUCCUUUGAAAUCCUCUGACAUCCAUAAGAAUGCAUUUGUUACCUGACAUGGAACUGCAGAGAGAUGUUGUAAGCCAUUACGUGUAGAACAGAUGCUGGGAAAUUGGCAGCUUCAAAUUUUUAUUUUCCUGAUCCUAAACUAAAGCUACCAAUUCAGCAGCAAUGUUUGUUUCUGCAGUGUGUUUAAGACUUUAAUGUUCUCAUGCGAUAACAAAAUAUGCCUACAAAGUGUUCCUAGCUUCCCCAUUCAUGAAGAACAUAAAAGUCGCUUCCACUUCCACUUCGCAAAAUUUUGUGGCUAUUACCAGAAAGUUUUUCGUUUUGUUUUGUUUUUUUGCACAGCAAUUGCUUCAAAAUCUAAGAAAUGACAUGGCGGCUUAGUCAAGUAACAGUUUUAGCAUUUUAUUUUAGAUUUUCACACAGAUGUUUGUAUUUAUGCAGCUGAAUCCAUAUAAAAGACUAUGUUAACAAACAUACAAUGUUAAUUUAGCACAAACAAGGUGAUGCUUAUUAGCUCAAAAUCCAAGUCAGUGUAGAAUAUGAACUGACUCAUGAUGCAUCUUGCAGUCUGUUUCAUGUCUUGGGAUAUUUCUCCCUUAAAAAAAAACAUAAAAGGAAAACUUCAGAUCGUGUUGUUUUUGGGGAGUGGAGAAAGGAGUGUUGUUUAUUCCUGCACCUUCUGCCAGUACCCUUCUGUUUAUCUUCUGGUUCUCUACCUGCCUUAUUUCUGAAGCACAUACAGAAACCUAUGUAGUCAUGAUCAGUUACUGACAUGCAUAAAUAAGAUUGUCUCAAGGAAUAGCUUUAUAGACACCCUGGAAACCUCAAAGGAGAAUUGAUCAUGGCCAUUUUCUGAUUUCUUGAAAGAAAAAUUUAAAGAAAGUAGAGGGAGUUUAAAACCUCUAAGAUUUAUCCUUCUUUUCUUCGGCACAUCCUGGAAAUUCAAAGGUAUUCCCAGGAUACCUCGGAAUUUCACAGGAAAGACCAAGUGAGCCCUUUGUCUGUCCUGGAGUCAAGUCUGUCCUGGAGAAAAGCUCCAAAGGAGAGAUAAGGUGGUAGCUAAUUCUUGAAAUUACAAAUCUAUUCCUAGGAGCUCUACUGUGAUCUAUUAGUCCAUUUUACUGAGAAAUAUGUGAUAAAGUCUUUUUAUGCAUUCUGUUUCUGUUAGUCCAGUGUGAUGCAUAUCUCUGCAUUUGUGCUGCUGGUUUGCUGUGAAACGUCACCUAAAGAAACAAAAGAGUCUUGAGUACAAUCCAGAAUUUCCAGAAUGUUCUGUCUUGUGUAUGCCAAGUUUAUUAUAAUAGGUUUCUUCAAAGUUAACUUGUGGAAUUACAUUUUUUUUAUGAUUUAAGUUUAAAUAAAAAAAACUCACAUACAUGUAAAAUGAUAAUGUUUCUACAAAUGACCACAAUAUGAACAAUGCCCCACUGACUUUUUAUCCUACUUUGAGGCAUUCCACUUACGACUUAAAAGAACAACUUUUUAGAUUUAUUUGUUUUUUGGGGGGGAAGGGGAUGAGGGUUGUUGUCCUAUCCUACUGUUAAGGACAACACAACAUUUCAUUUCAUAACAUUCUAAAUUAAAGAAGCACAUAAUUAACUUCACAAUGAAAUUUCUUUGAAAAGCAUUUAUUGGAAUUAUUAGCAGCUUUAAGAAUAAUAGUCUACCUGCCUGGUUUUCGUUCUGCAACUUUAUUUCUUUUGAUUGUUAUAGGACUCAUACUCCCACUGUACUUGUAUUCUAUGCCAUUCACUGAGUAUCUGACCUUGUCUAGUUAUAGGAUUUUUUACAGACAACAUGACUCAAGUCCUGAACUGUCAAUAAAAUGAUGACACUUUCUGACAUGGGAAUGUGUUUACUUAGCAUCUAGAACAUCAGGCCGCAAAAAUAUGUCAACACCGGGUGCAUUGUCAUGACUACUAUGACUAAGUAUGCUUAAAGUUGUUGACUUUGGAGUUACAGAUCUGAACAUAAUUUAUGCCCAUUGCCAAAUCCAGAUACGGCAACUUGAUACUAAACAUCUGGUUGAGGUUCCAUUGACAUUGGGAACAAGUAUUUCUGAAGAAAAUAUUUGUAUGCAGCAGUACCCGUUUAUUAAGACCUAAUUUCCCAAGAAAUGUUACCAAAUUAGUUUCGUGGUAGGAUGGUAUCUUUCUUCCCUGUCAUCUGUUGUGAAACCUGUGGUGCAUUGUAACAUCUGAGGUUAGUAGCCACUUAUAUCAGUUUUUUUUUCUAAGUAUGUUGCAUCAUUGGAAACAUAUGGUUGCAAUGAUAACUGCUUGUUUGCAUUUUUGUAUAUUUUGCAAUUAAUUGGAGGUACACUCUGGCACAAUAGUAUACAUUUACACACUGAAACAUUGUAAGGGUUACACUGCAAACUGAUGGGGUUCCCUGAACUUCCUAUGUGACUUUGAAAAGUAUGGCCUCCUAAUUUGAGGGUUUCAAAGAGACAAGGGUGCUUAAGCACAAAACUCCUUUUCAUUUCACAUAGCAUCUCAGGUUCCUGAACAUUUUCAUAGAUACAGCAUAAAAUCAUGAAACAAAUCAGGUUACUAAACAGGAGAACGAAACAAUACUAAUAAAUAGUCACCGUAGCCGAUGUAUUACUUGUAAAUGAUCUAUGAAUUACAGAUUAAGUUGUUACCACUUGGAAAUAAUAAGUACUAUGCAUUUUUCUGUGUCUUGUUCACAGUGCUGACAUUGUCCACACAGUUUGACUGUUGCAACCAUUGGUUUAGCUGGUUCAGAUGAUGCAAAAAUAAGAUGAAGUGAAAAGUCAACUCCAGUCUGCAGCUCGGUGCAGCAGUUUGCUACCACUGCUGAGUGGCAAAGCUCAGUGUUUUUAUUUUGAUGACAGUGGCUUACAGUUUCUGGCAGUAAGACCCAGGACUGGUCAUACCACACAUUAGUUGGAUUAUUUGUAUUGUGUUGUUUCCAACUACAACUACUGUCACAGAGAGAGCGCAAUAUUUGAACAUCUAUUAAUAGAUGAGAGAUUCUUUGCUGCCUGAUUUGCAAAAGUUUGGACCUUCUUCACAUUUCAUUCAACUGGCGCUUCAGCUGCCGUCGUCGUCAUCACUACAAUGGCCUAAACAGAAGAGAAAGAAUGCUUGAUUUAAUGGAAAUUAAUGGUCUACCUAUGUUUUUAGCAAGACAGACCCUUCUCAGGUCAUACAUUAAGUAAAUGUAAUCAGUGAUGAAGUAUUAUAUCAUUAUAUCAGUGUCAUAAUCUGAUUGUAAUGCUUAAUCGCCAAAUAAAAUCUGUCUGAAGGAUGA